AUGGAGAGCAGGAAGGACAUGGUGAUGUUUCUGGAAGGAGGGCAGCUUGGCACGCUCGUUGGCAAGAGGGGAGCUAAUUUGUCAGAAGCAGUGGGGAGCCCUGGCCCCGAACCCCCAGAAAACGUGAUCCACCGGAAUUGCUUGAGUCCCCGCUCGGGCCCCUUGGCGUCCAGGGAGAAGGGCGGAGGCGGCAAGGAGGAUGAAGUGGAAAGAUUGCCACGGACAGCGGCGGGGGCGGGGGCGGAGAGCCGCCCAGCGGGGCCGGCGGGGGUGGCCCCGCCGCCCUCCUCCGACUCCCCCUCGGCCAAAGGCCAGCAGAGCAGCUCGGAUACGGAGUCGGAUUUCUAUGAAGAAAUCGAGGUGAGCUGCACCCCAGACUGCACCGCAGGAAGCGCCGAGUACCAGCACAGGAAAGCGCCAUGCUCCGAGGCUCUGGCUGGCAGUCCCAGCAGCGGAGGGGAGCCCCCCAAGAGCGGCGGCGGGGGAGGCCCGGGAGGCGGCGGUGGAGGCGGCGGGGGCGGUGGUUCCCAGGGCUCCCUGGCCUGCAGCGCCAGCGAUCAGAUGCGCCGCUACCGCACCGCCUUCACGAGGGAGCAGAUCGCCCGUCUGGAGAAGGAAUUCUAUCGGGAGAACUACGUGUCGCGGCCCCGGAGGUGCGAGCUGGCGGCUGCCUUAAACCUGCCGGAGACCACCAUCAAGGUGUGGUUCCAGAACCGCAGGAUGAAGGACAAGAGGCAACGAUUAGCCAUGACCUGGCCUCACCCAGCCGACCCUGCUUUUUAUACUUACAUGAUGAGCCACGCUGCGGCCACGGGGAACCUGCCCUACCCGUUCCCCUCCCACCUGCCCCUUCCUUACUACUCACACAUGGGCCUUGGAGCCACUUCAGCCUCUGCUGCCGCCCCCUUCAGUACUCCCCUGAGACCCCUGGAUACCUUCCGGGUCCUGUCCCAUCCUUACCCUAGACCUGAACUCCUCUGUGCUUUUAGACAUCCAUCUCUCUAUCCAGCCCCAACAACGCAUGGACUUGGGGGGUCAGGGGGCAGUCCAUGCUCAUGCCUGGCUUGCCACGCCAGCCAGUCCAAUGGCCUGGCACAGAGACCUUCCGGCUCAGACUUUUCCUGCUCCUCCACAACCAGGACGGACUCUUUCAUCACCUUCACGCCCUCCGUACUGAGCAAAACCUCCUCAGUGUCCCUGGAUCAGAGGGAGGAAGUCCCCCUUACAAGAUAA